AUGGACCACGAGAAUGAUCCCGGUUGGCAGUACCUGCGCCGCUCACGCGAGCAGGCCCUGGAGGACCAAUCGAAGCCAUACGAUUCAAAGAAAAACUGCUGGGUUCCUGACGUAGACGAUGGAUAUGUGGCUGCCGAAAUCACCUCCACAAAGGGUGACCAAGUCACUUGCGUCACCGCUCGUGGAAACGAAGUGACACUCAAGAAGGAGCUGGUACAGGAGAUGAAUCCGCCAAAGUUCGAGAAGACCGAGGACAUGUCCAAUCUGACCUUCUUGAAUGACGCUUCUGUACUUCACAACUUGAGAUCUCGUUAUUCAGCUAUGUUGAUCUAUACAUACUCCGGUCUUUUCUGUGUUGUGAUCAACCCCUACAAGAGACUUCCCAUCUACACAGAGUCGGUGGCCAGGAUGUUCAUGGGCAAGCGUAGAACUGAAAUGCCUCCCCAUCUGUUCGCCGUUUCCGACCAGGCCUACAGAAACAUGUUGCAAGACCACGAAAACCAGUCUAUGCUCAUUACAGGAGAAUCCGGAGCAGGAAAGACUGAGAACACCAAGAAGGUAAUUGCGUACUUUGCAACCGUUGGUGCCAGUCAACAAGAGGUUAAAGUCAGUUCUGACAAGAAAGUCACCCUCGAGGACCAGAUUGUCCAGACUAACCCUGUACUCGAGGCGUUUGGUAACGCCAAGACUGUCCGUAACAACAACAGUUCACGUUUCGGAAAGUUCAUCCGAAUUCACUUCUCCAAAGCUGGAAAACUUGCCUCUUGCGACAUUGAGCAUUAUCUCCUUGAGAAGUCUCGUGUAAUUCGUCAAGCGCCAGGAGAGCGUUGCUACCACAUUUUCUACCAGAUUUUCUCUGACUACAAACCCGAACUGAAGAAGCAGCUCGAGCUUGACAAACCUCUUAAGGAAUACUGGUUUGUAGCUCAAGCUGAACUGAGCAUUGAAGGUGUCAACGAUACGGAAGAAUUCCAAAUGACAGACGAAGCUUUCGAUAUUUUGAACUUCUCGACUGAAGAGAAAAUGGAUUGUUACCGUUUAAUGUCUGCUCUUAUGCACAUGGGUGGCAUGAAAUUCAAACAGCGACCACGUGAAGAACAAGCUGAGCCAGAUGGCACUGAUGAAGCCGAGAAGGCAUCGAAAAUGUACGGUGUCGGUUUUGAGGAGUUCCUCAAGGCUUUGACUAAGCCUCGUGUAAAGGUAGGAACUGAAUGGGUAUCAAAGGGUCAGAAUAUCGAACAAGUGAACUGGGCCAUCGGCGCUAUGGCUAAGGGUCUUUACGCUAGAGUGUUCCACUGGUUGGUCAAGAAGUGUAACCUGACCCUUGAUCAACAAGGAAUUAGCCGUGACUACUUCAUUGGUGUACUCGAUAUCGCCGGUUUCGAAAUUUUCGACUUCAACUCCUUCGAGCAGCUUUGGAUUAACUUCGUAAACGAGAAGCUGCAGCAAUUCUUCAACCACCACAUGUUCGUCCUUGAGCAGGAAGAGUACGCUCGUGAAGGUAUCCAAUGGACCUUCAUUGACUUCGGUCUCGAUCUCCAAGCUUGUAUCGAACUGAUUGAGAAGCCGCUGGGUAUCAUCUCCAUGCUUGACGAGGAGUGUAUCGUACCGAAGGCCACUGACAUGACCCUGGCUCAGAAGCUUAACGAACAACAUUUGGGUAAACACCCGAACUUCGAGAAGCCCAAGCCACCAAAGGGAAAGCAGGCCGAGGCUCACUUUGCCAUGCGGCACUACGCCGGAACUGUGCGAUACAACGUAACCAACUGGCUCGAGAAGAACAAGGAUCCUCUCAACGACAGCGUUGUCAGCGUCAUGAAACAAUCCAAAGGGCAACGACCUUCUCGUCGAAAUCUGGCAAGACUACCCGGGCAGGCUCAGGCAAAGAAGAAGGGAAAAUCCGGAUCGUUCAUGACUGUCUCUAUGCUUUACCGUGAAUCUCUCAACAACUUGAUGAGUAUGCUAAACAAAACUCACCCUCAUUUCAUCCGUUGCAUCAUCCCCAACGAGAAGAAGGCCUCUGGUGUCAUUGAUGCCGCGCUGGUGCUCAAUCAGCUGACAUGUAACGGUGUACUGGAAGGUAUUCGUAUUUGUCGAAAGGGUUUCCCCAACAGAACUCUUCAUCCCGACUUCGUCCAACGUUACGCCAUCUUGGCCGCCAAGGAAGCGAAAUCCGAUGAGGACAAGAAGAAGUGCGCUGAUGCCAUUAUGUCAAAACUGGUAAAUGAUGGAGCCAUCACAGAGGAAAUGUUCCGUAUCGGUCUCACAAAGGUGUUCUUCAAAGCUGGUGUUCUCGCUCAUCUUGAAGAUCUUCGAGACGAGAAGCUGGCCAUCAUCAUGACCGCAUUCCAAGCACAGAUCCGCUGGUACCUUGGACUUGUCGACCGCAAGCGCAAGAUGGAACAGCGAGCUGGACUGCUCAUUGUCCAGAGAAAUGUUCGCUCAUGGUGCACACUGCGCACCUGGGAAUGGUUCAAGCUGUACGGAAAAGUCAAGCCUAUGCUCAAGGCAGGAAAGGAAGCCGAAGAGUUGGAGAAGGUCAACGAGAAGGUCAAGCAGCUCGAAGAUGCCCUUGCCAAGGAAGAGAAACUGCGCAAAGAUCUCGAAGACCAGUCAACCAAGCUCUUGGAAGAGAAGAAUGGCUUGUUCACCAACCUCGAAAGCACAAAGGGACAACUCUCCGAGGCUGAAGAGCGCCUCGCUAAGUUGCAGGCUCUCAAGGGUGACGCCGACAGACAGCUAGCGGAGCUGAACGAUCGUCUCGCCGACCAGGAAGACCGCAACGCUGACGUACAGCGCGCCAAGAAGAAGGUAGAGGCCGAACUGGAAUCCCUCAAGAAGCAAAUCCAAGACCUCGAGAUGAGCUUGCGAAAGUCGGAAUCCGAGAAGCAAUCCAAGGACCACCAGAUUCGUUCUCUCCAGGAUGAAAUGGCUCAGCAAGAUGAAUCUAUCGCCAAGCUCAACAAAGAAAAGAAACACCAGGAGGAAAUUAACCGCAAACUCAUGGAGGAUCUGCAGUCCGAAGAAGACAAAUCCAACCAUACCAACAAGGUCAAGGCUAAGCUUGAACAGACCCUUGAUGAUCUCGAAGACGGUCUUGAACGUGAGAAGAGAGCUCGCGCUGAUCUCGACAAGCAGAAGAGAAAGGUUGAGGGAGAAUUGAAGAUAGCCCAGGAAAAUAUCGAUGAGGGCGCACGUCAACGCCACGAUCUUGAGAACAACUUGAAGAAGAAGGAGGGCGAACUUCACUCGCUCAGCAGCAGACUCGAAGAUGAACAGGCACUAGUCGGCAAGCUCCAGCGCCAAAUCAAAGAGGGACAAAGCCGCAUUUCGGAACUCGAGGAGGAACUCGAAAACGAACGCCAGUCCCGAGCAAAGGCUGAUCGCGCUAAGUCUGAUCUCCAGCGCGAGCUUGAAGAGCUCGGAGACCGCCUUGAUGAACAGGGUGGUGCUACCGCAGCUCAGGUGGAGCUCAACAAGAAGCGCGAAGCUGAACUUUCUAAACUACGCCGUGACCUCGAGGAGGCCAACAUGAACCAUGAAAACCAACUCGGAGGACUCCGUAAGAAACACACCGAUGCAGUUGCAGAACUCACUGAUCAACUCGAUCAACUGCAGAAGCAGAAGGCCAAGAUCGAGAAGGAGAAGAUUCAGGCUCACCAAGAGGCUGAGGAACUCGCCGCGCAACUCGAUGCUGAAACAUCUGCUAAGCUGAACAACGAGAAGCUCGCUAAGCAGUUCGAACUUCAGCUCACCGAAUUGCAGUCGAAGUGCGACGAACAAUCUCGCCAACUGCAAGACUUCACUUCCCUCAAGGGCCGUCUCCACAACGAGAACAGCGAUCUCAGCCGUCAGCUAGAGGAUGCCGAAUCUCAGCUCAACCAGUUCUCGAGACUGAAGAGCCAGCUGACCAGCCAGCUCGAAGAAGCUCGUCGCACCGCCGAUGAGGAGGCACGUGAACGCCAGACACUCGCUGCCCAGGCCAAGAACUACCAACAUGAAGCAGAACAGCUCCAGGAAAGCUUAGAAGAGGAGAUUGAAUCCAAGAACGAGAUCAUGCGUCAACUCAGCAAGGCCAACGCUGAAAUCCAACAAUGGAAAGCACGAUUCGAAGGAGAAGGACUUAUCAAGGCCGACGAACUCGAGGAUGCUAAGAGACGCCAAGCUCAGAAGAUCAACGAGCUCCAAGAAGCUGUGGACGCUGCCAAUUCCAAGAUCGCCUCACUCGAGAAGACCAAGAGCCGUCUUGUUGGAGACCUCGAUGAUGCUCAGGUGGACGUUGAGCGUGCGAACGCCUUCGCCAGUGCUUUGGAAAAGAAGCAGAAAGGUUUCGAUAAGGUCAUCGACGAGUGGAGAAAGAAGACCGACGAUCUCUCCGCUGAACUCGAUGCGGCCCAGAGAGACUCGCGCAACACCUCUACUGAACUCUUCAAGGCAAAGAACGCCCUAGAAGAGCUUCACGAAGUCGUUGAGGGUCUCCGUCGUGAAAACAAGAGCUUGACUCAGGAGAUCAAGGACCUCACUGACCAACUUGGCGAAGGAGGCCGUUCUGUGCACGAGAUGCAGAAGAUCAUUCGCCGUCUGGAAAUCGAGAAAGAGGAGUUGCAGCACGCUCUUGAUGAGGCAGAAGCUGCCUUGGAAGCAGAAGAAAGCAAGGUCCUCCGAGCCCAAGUCGAAGUGUCGCAGAUCCGAUCGGAGAUUGAGAAACGUAUCCAGGAGAAGGAGGAAGAAUUUGAGAACACCCGCAAGAACCAUCAACGUGCUAUGGACUCAAUGCAAGCCUCUCUUGAGACUGAAGCCAAAGGAAAGGCUGAACUCCUCAGGGUUAAGAAGAAGCUCGAAGCCGACAUCAACGAAUUGGAAAUCGCACUGGACCACGCCAACAAAGCCAACGCUGACGCACAGAAGAACUUGAAACGAUACCAAGAACAAAUUCGUGAGUUGCAAUUGCAAGUUGAAGAGGAACAGCGACAGCGCGACGACAUCCGCGAGCAGUUCUUCAACGCUGAAAAGCGAGCCACUCUUCUGCAAUCCGAGAAGGAAGAACUGUUGGUAGCCAAUGAGGCCAGCGAACGCGCACGCAAACAGGCUGAGUACGAAGCUGCUGAUGCCCGUGACCAGGUCAACGAGCUAUCCGGACAGGCUGCUUCUCUGGCCGCCUCGAAGAGAAAGCUCGAAGGAGAAAUCCAGGCCAUCCAUGCAGAUCUUGAUGAGACCCUCAACGAGUUCAAGGCUUCGGAGGAGCGCAGCAAGAAGGCUAUGGCAGACGCAACCCGUCUUGCCGAGGAACUUCGCCAAGAACAAGAACACUCGCAACACAUUGACCGUAUGCGUAAGGGACUGGAGCAGCAGUUGAAGGAGAUGCAAGUUCGUCUCGAUGAAGCUGAAGCUGCAGCUCUGAAGGGUGGAAAGAAGGUCAUUGCCAAACUCGAACAGCGUGUACGUGAGGUUGAGUCGGAGCUCGACGCUGAACAGCGCCGAUACCAGGAAGCCAACAAGAACCUUGGCAAGGCUGACCGACGAGUUCGCGAACUCCAGUUCCAGAUCCCUGGGUAUGACAGCCUUGUUUCAAGGUUGACGAAGGACAAGAAGAACUUCGAACGCCUACAAGAUCUCAUCGACAAACUCCAGAACAAGUUGAAGACCCAGAAACGACAGAUUGAAGAAGCGGAAGAGGUCGCUAACCUCAAUCUGCAGAAAUACCGUCAAAUUCAACACCAACUCGAAGAUGCUGAGGAACGAGCUGAUGUCGCCGAGAACUCGCUAUCAAAGAUGAGAGCCAAGUCACGAACGGCCUCCUCAGUUGCUCCAAGCGGCCUUCAGACUUCACAAUCAGCCGCUGUGCUACGGUCACCAUCUCGUAGCCGUGCUAACGACUUCUAG